UGUGACCCUGCUUGGAGGUUGUAGUUACAGUUUCAGAAGUGAUCAAUUCCAGUGAGGAUGUCUGUACUAAGGUGAAAGCUCACGCACAGUUCUUCACGACGGGAAAAAUGGCUCCAUUCAGACUCUGGAGAUUCAGAUUCUGAUGUUGGUUCCUGGAAAGCCUCCAUGGUUGGAGGACGAGAAUCCGUAUCCACUUGAAGCAGCAUAGGCUUCUGCGAUGACUGUGGAAACCACUGCUUAUGCCUUGCUUCAAGCAUUGUCAAGGAAUGAUAUUGACUAUGCAACACCGAUUGCGAGGUGGCCAACGAUGCAACAGAACUAUGGUGGUGGAUUUCACUCGACGCAGGGUGGAGUUAGUGGAACCGAAAAAGAUGUCUCCCUCACAGCGUUUGUGACAAAAGAAUUGCAUUGUUCCUUGGCGGCCUUUCAACAGAAGAAUAUUCAGAGAUUUCACGAGUGUAGCACGCUGAGUAUUGUUAUCCCGAUAGUUCUUUCGUAUCAGUCCGUGUGUAUUCCUGGGCGAAUGUGCUCGUGUGGUCUCAGGAGUUGCGGAGGUCACGGCUCUGGGACAGCCGUUUCAUCGCUCUAUGCUGCAGAACCUACCCCGGAAGAGAGAGCCCAGAGAAUUGCCAAAGCUGUCCGCAAACAGUCAACAGAAGUGAAGGAAAAUUGGGAGCAAUUGAAAACCCGUGCGAGCAACUGGCAGAAACAGGUGGAAAAGACGUUGGAGAAACUUCAAGAACUGCAGAAAGCGCUGGAUGAUCUUGAGGCUCAUGUGAUAACAGCUGAGGGGGUCCACACUGAUUGGCAACCUGUGGGUGACCUGCUUAUUGACUCAUUGCAGGAUCACAUUGAUAAAACCACAGUAAGUGCAAUUACAUUACACUUCACUUAUGAACAGAUGUAACCAGAAUGUUGUAUCGAGACGAUCAGUAAUAUGAGUAUUCAGUAAUAUUGAUUGAAUGGUUGUUAACUGAAUUUGCAAAUUAAAAGUUAGUUGAGCAUGCCUUCUGAUGAUAUCACAACAUGAAUAUCAGUAUAAUUGAGGAUUCUAUUAGUCAGUGACAUCAGCUGAGUUAUCUGCUUGUUGCCAUGUUAUCAGGGUUAAAGGUAAAGUCUUAGCACGCCAUUUGGCGACUCCUUAGAGAGAGACAACUGGUUAUGAUUUAACCUGAAGAUCACCACGCCUCAGUCAAGUAGAGCGGUUGAGGCGAAGACCCUUUGUGGUCAGCUCACUGGUAUGGCAAUUGAGCCCUCUCUGCAGGGCAUCACUCUGCAUCACAAACCAACUGAAUUUGAAUAGAGUUUAGGAUUGGAGAGCAAUCCAUGCAAUUAUUUUUUUUAAUGAAUGUUUCUCACUGGGACUCUCUCACCGGCAAACUUUUUAAAAGCCAGCUCAGCCAUACAGGCGAGAUCAGUUCCUGAUCUCAGCUGAAUUUUUUGACCUGGGGUGGGUCAGCGUUAGGAGUUCAGUGAUUGGAAUGAAUUCUCAUGAAGUUAGCGAGAGGGAUACUACACGUGAAUAGAUCGAUGUUUUGAGAAGAGGAUGAGAUAUGAGCAAAAGUUUAAUUGAUGUGGAAGACCAGCCACAAUCAUCAUCGACGGUGGAGCAGGCUUGAGCGGCCAUGCAACAUUGUGCUGCCGCUAUUUGACUUGUUCUGUGGAAAGGAAGGAAAA